AUGCCACCAAAUACGAGGAACUCUAGGCACAAUUCGCCUAGGAGGGAGGAUGGGGACGACACCGCGUCCACAUCCGACGACACCCUCAAAGAGAUGAUGACAAAACUUACGGGAGAGGUGAAGGGGAUGCGUGGUGAACUUACCACUAUGCAAACUAAUCUCAACACCAUGCAAGGAGACCUCGUGGCCGUGCAAGAAGAAUUUACAACCGUCCAUGACGGUAUGGCGGAGUUGAGAGCACGGAUUAAUCAAAAUGAGGCCGUACCGCCUAGUUUCCGGGAAAGAAGUACGGGCGGAUGGAAUGAUGGAAGCGGAAAUGAUGAUGCCUACUCCAACCACCACAAUGGAGGUGGGUAUCAUAACUUCGAGGCAUGGCAAGAAAAUGCGGGGAACUAUGGGGGGGAAAGAUACGAUGACCCCUCGAGAAACUUCAAGCACACCAUUCCGGAGUUCCAUGCGAAGUUCGAGCCCGCCACAUACCUAGAGUGGGAGUCUCAAGUGGACAAGAUAUUCUCCCUUCAUAACUACUCGGAGGAGGACAAGGUCAAACUAGCCAUCACCGAGUUUCGAGGUCAUGCUAACACUUGGUGGUCCGAUCUCUUGAGGAGGAGGAGAGCCACGGGUCGAGGAGUAGUACGGUCAUGGGCGGAAUUGAAUGAGCUCAUGAGAGCCGCCUUUGUCCCGAGAUCGUAUUUCCACAAGUUGAGAGGUGAACUCCAAGAUUUGAGGCAAGGAAGCAAGACCGUCAUGGAGUACUAUUAUGAUAUGAUAGCCCUCAAGGGGAGAUUGGGGCUUGAGGAAAGUGAAGAUGUCACCCAAGACCGCUUCAUACACGGGCUCAAUGUGCUUCUUAGGCACAAGGUCCAAAUUGAGGCCCAAAGGGGAAUAUCUUUGGAGGAGGUCAUUGGAUUCGCCGAGACAUUUGAGAGGCAAGGCAAAGAGAAGGUCGCUAGCAAAGGGAAGAUGAGUUUUCACCCUAUCUCGGGAGGGGGCUCAAGCAAUUGGGGCACCACCCAAAGAAAGGGAGAAACGACCACUACACCUCAACCUUUCUCAAAACCUCCCGUGAAGGCGUUGCCGGCGCCACCAUUGGCCAAGGGAGCACCUCAAGCCGGUGAUAGGAGACCUCAAUGUUUCAAGUGCAAGGGAUAUGGCCACUACGCUAGAGAGUGCAUCAACCAAAGGGUCAUGGUGAUAGGGAAAGAUGGCCAAGUCUAUAGUGAGGAUGAAGAAGAAGCGGGUGUUGAAGGGGAUGACUCCUCUUACCACGCUCAUGUCAAUAGUGACUACUCUAGCGAAGAGGAGUUGACCGAAGGGGUGAAAAAUCUUGUGGUGCUUCGGACCCUUAGCGCCCAACCUAAGCAAGAAGAGUGUUUUGAGCAACGUUCUAAUAUCUUUCAUAUGAAGUGCAAGGUUCAAUCCAAAACUUGCCUUGCGAUCAUCGAUGAAGGGAGUUGUGCCAAUGUGGUGAGCGAUAAAUUGGUAGCCAAGUUGCAAUUACCGGUGAUGAGGCACCCUACACCCUACCGCCUUCAAUGGCUAGGUGAUGGUAGAGAACUCAAGGUGGUCAAUCAAGUCAAAGUGCCAAUGAGAGUGGGGGAAUUGGAGGAGGAGGAGUAUGACAACAAGGUAUCUAAGGAUGGGUACACUAAUGAGUACUCCUAUGUGUACCAUGGUCGAAAAAUCCGGUUGAAGCCCUUGUCGCCUAGAGACAUCAUUGAAGCUCAUAAACAUUUGAGUAAAGAGAGAGAGCGAGAGAAAAGGCAAGAAAGUGAGAGAAAAAAGCCAUGUGAGAGUGGGGAUGGUGAGAGGAAUUCCAAAUCCAAAAGGAGUGGCACCCAAAAACCCCGUGAGAAAAGAGAGUGCCUUUUAGCUACUAAAUCCGAGCUUGGGUGGGCACUACAAAGCCACUUGCCAUUGCUUCUUGCCGUUCCCCGGCGUAUUUGUUUGGCUAACACUAAUCUUGAACAUGUACCCUAUGAGAUUCAUAUUGUUUUGCAGGAGUUCGAGGACGUGUUCCCAAGUGAGCUCCCAAAUGAGCUACCACCGAUCCGGGGAAUCGAGCACCAAAUGGAUUUCGCACCGGGAUCAUCAUUACCAAACCGAGCCGCCUACAAGGCCAACCCCAAUGAGACGAAGGAAUUGCAAAGGCAAGUCGAGGAACUCCUUGCCAAAGGUUUGGUCCGUGAGUCUUAUUCCCCUUGUGUCGUACCCGUUAUACUUGUGCCUAAGAAAGAUGGGACUUGGCAUAUGUGUGUUGAUUGUAGGGCCAUUAAUAAGAUCACCAUUAAGUAUAGACAUCCUAUACCUAGACUUGAUGAUAUGCUUGAGGAUUUGUGUGGUGCUACUUGUUUUUCAAAAAUUGAUCUUGCUAGUGGUUAUCACCAAAUUAGGAUGAAGGAAGGUGAUGAAUGGAAAACGGCUUUUAAAACUAAAUUUGGCUUGUAUGAGUGGCUUGUUAUGCCGUUUGGUUUAACUAAUGCUCCUUCCACUUUUAUGCGAUUGAUGAACCAUGUGCUUAUGCCCUUGAUAGGAAAAUUUGUGGUGGUCUACUUUGAUGACAUUUUGAUUUAUAGUCCUAAUGUUGGUGAGCAUGCUAGGCACCUUAGUGAAACACUUUUGCUUUUGAGACAACAUAAAUUGUAUGUUAAAUUGCCUAAAUGUGUGUUUUGUGUUGAUGAAGUGGUUUUCCUUGGGUUUGUUGUGGGGAAGGAUGGGGUCAAGGAAGAUGAGGAGAAGGUUAGGGUCAUCAAGGAGUGGCCCACGCCCAAAAACGUGAGUGAGAUUCGAUCUUUCCACGGCCUUGCUAGUUUCUAUAGAAGGUUCGUUAGAGAUUUCUCCACUAAAGCCACUCCUUUGAACCAUCUUGUUAAAAAGAAUGUGGCGUUUAAUUGGGGGAAUGAGCAAGAGCAUGCUUUUAACACUUUGAAACACGAUCUUACACAUGCACCGUUGCUUGCUUUACCUAAUUUUGAGAAAACUUUUGAGUUGGAGUGUGAUGCUAGUGGGGUAGGGAUUGGUGGAGUCUUGAUGCAAGAAGGGAAACCUCUUGCUUAUUUUUCGGAGAAAUUGAACCAAACUCACUUGAACUAUCCUACUUAUGAUAAGGAACUCUAUGCCAUUGUUAGAUGUUUGGAAAAUUGGCAACACUUUUUGAUGCAUAGGGAAUUUGUCAUCCACACGAACCAUGAGUCAAUCAAGUUCUUGGGUGGCCAACACAAGCUUGACAAGAGGCACGCCAAGUGGAGCGCCUUCUUGGAGACUUUCCCAUAUGUCAUCCGGUACAAAAAGGGAAAGGAAAAUGUGGUCGCCGAUGCCUUAUCUCGUAAGCCAUCUUUACUUCUUCUUGAAAGUGGUAUUUAUGAUAGUGGCGCCCUUGUGUUGAGAAAUAGCAUGCUUACUAUUUGUGCAUCCAAAUUCUUUGCUUUUGAUCACCUUAAGGAGCUUUAUGAGCAUGAUAAUGAUUUUGCAUCUAUCUUUGUUGCAUGUGAAAAGGGAUCAUUUGAGCAAUUUUAUAAGCAUGAGGGUUACUUGUUUAAGGGGAAUAGAUUGUGCAUUCCCCAAGGAUCUUGGAGGGAAGUGCUUGUGAAGGAGUCCCACCUUGGAGGAUUAAUGGCAUUUUUAUUGGCCAAAAAUGAAUGGGUAGAUUUGUCUAUGGACUUUGUGCUUGGUCUACCUCCUUCUCAAGCCCGGAAUGAUAGUAUCUUUGUGGUGGUGGAUAGGUUUUCCAAGAUGGCUCAUUUUAUUCCAUGUAGGAAGAACAAUGAUGCCAAGCACAUAGCCGGUCUCUUCUUUAGGGAGGUGGUGAGGAUCCACGAGGUUCCCCAAACUAUAGUGAGUGAUAGAGAUGUCAAGUUCCUAAGCUACUUUUGGAAGACUCUUUGGACUAAACUGGGAACCAAACUUUUGUUCUCUACCACGGCGCACCCUCAAACCGAUGGGCAAACCGAGGUGGUGAAUCGCACCCUAGGGGCUUUACUUAGGGCUUUGGUUAGUGAGAAUAGGAAGACAUGGGAACCUUGCCUACCCAUUGCCGAGUUUGCUUACAACCGGACUGUGCACUCUACUACCGGUCAUUCUCCAUUUGAAAUUGUUUAUGGAUUUAACCCGCUAACCCCGAUAGACCUAGCGGUGUCGACUUUGCCUUCUUCUUUUGUUUGUGAUGUAGAUGGUGCUCAAAAGGCGAAAUUCGUGAAGGACCUCCAUGUCAAGGUCCAAGAGAACAUUAACAAAAGGAAUGAGCACAAUGCGAAGAUGACCAACAAGGGGCGGAAAGAAGUGAUCUUCAACCCGGGGGACAUGGUGUGGGUUAACUUUCGGGCGAUCCGUUUCCCGGACAAGGUGAAGUCCAAGCUUGCUGCACGUGGAGGUGGCCCAUUCCGAGUCAAGGAGAGGAUCAACAACAAUGCCUAUAUCAUAGAGUUGUCGGGCGAAUUCAAGGUGCACCCCACGUUCAACGUGUCCGACUUGAGCCCGUUUGAGUUUGCAAGAGAUGAGCCGGAUUUGAGGUCAAAUCCUUCCCAAGAAGAUGGGGAUGAUGCGAACCCAACCGACACGCAUCAUGCAUCGAGCCCGCUCAAGGAUGUACACCAAACGAGGACGAGGAAGAUGAGUAGGAAGAUGCUAGAGUCCUUAGUCCUGUUCAUAACAAGAUUAAGACUCGAAGAGGAGGCCCAGAAGGAAGACCCGGGUGUCUCGAGAGCAAUACACCAAAUUCGGCUCGACCCCGCACCAAAUCGGAAUUGGGGGUCUGUUCAAACGCCAAUCUGCCUACUGAGACGAUGUCCAAAUUCUGGUCCAAGACCACCAUCAUCGUCAUCGUCGAAAUACCUUCGCGUGGGUACCUCACACGCCCCAAACGGAGUUCGGAUGAGAGAGAUAUGGCCGUUUGACGAAAGUCGCGCAGAGCUGCCGAGGAACUAA